AUGUCAGAAAACUAUAACAAUUCGUCGGCGGAGCACGAUGAAUUAAAGCGGAGUCUAUCCAACCGGCACCUACAGCUAAUUGCCAUUGGGGGUGCCAUCGGAACCGGCCUGUUUAUGGGAUCGGGUAAAACCAUCAGUCUCGCAGGACCUUCGAUUCUGGUGAUCUAUAUGAUCAUCGGUUUUAUGGUCUUUCUGGUGAUGCGUGCACUGGGCGAACUGUUACUUUCCAACUUGCAAUAUAAAUCAUUUAUUGAUUUUGCCACGGAUCUGAUUGGGCCUUGGGCCGGAUACUUUGUUGGCUGGACCUACUGGCUGUGCUGGAUCACCAUCGGGAUCGCAGAUCUGUCCGCCAUCAUUUACUAUCUGCAAUUCUUCAAUAAUGGCUUGCCCUUUAGUCCUGAAGAGGGGGUAAUGAUCAGAUUCACUUCUGAUGCUGGAACGGUCGCUUCAUUUAGUCAUAUCUGGGAUCAUGGCGGGAUAUUCCCUACAGGUGCCAUGGGCUUCCUUGCCGGUUUCCAGAUUGCCAUCUUUGCCUUUGUCGGGGUGGAGCUG